AUGAAUUCAUCUCCAUCACCUCUUUUCUCAGAAGUUACUGAUAAACCCUUUUUACCACCUACAUCUCCUCCUUCUAUUGUUCCAGACCUUGUUAGUUUUUCUUCUCAACCUGUUUAUGUUGAACCUGUCACUGCUACUCCACAAAGGAAAUCAGCCAGGCCAACACAUAAACCAUCUUAUUUGCAGGACUAUCGUUGCAACAUGUUAUCUACUUCUUCCGCCACUCAGUCAUCCACAGAUGAUAUAGUUUUGGCAGGUGAUGACAUCCAGGAAAUCCAAACUGUGAAGGCUCUAUUGAAUGCAAAGUUCAAAAUUAGAGACCUAGGCCAACUCAAGUAUUUUCUGGGCUUAGAAAUUGCAAGAUCUCAACACGGCAUUAAUUUGUCAUAA